AUGGGUAAUACAUUUGCCAAGUUAGAUGAAAAUGAGAAUGCAUUCAAGGGGAGGUCUACAAGUGUUGGAUCAGGUACCAUGAGACCGAAUAAUAUUGCUGAGAGACGAAGAGGAGUGUCUAUGGGAUUGUCCAACAAUGUAAGGUCAAGGGCCAACUCCACAGGAUCCCAGUUGAUGUAUAAGAAAAAAUCAACAAGAGAAAGAGAUUUAAUAAAAGAAUCGUUUGCGAAACAGCUAGUGGUGAGGUACGACGAAAGUGUAGAUGGUGGAUAUUUAGCGCCGCAUGGGUGUUAUACGUUUGAGAAAUUGGAUUAUGAUCCUUCCCUUGUAAGAUCUUUGAUUACUGCUAGAAAAUUAGCACCAUUUUAUAUUCCAUUACAAGAUUUUGAUGAAUCAUGGACAAGAGAUGAAUUAAUUAAAAUUGUAGAUGGGUUACCUUUGCAUGCAGCUGUUAAUGAAAACCCUGAAGAAUUUGAAGAUAUUCCUAUUGGGAACCUUAAGAGACAAAAUUUUGAUGAAUUGAUCGAUAAAUCACUAUCCAAGAAAGAACAACGAAAGCAGAGAUCUAAAAUUUUUAAGGCAAGGUUACAUCGUAAACGAAUAAUGUGGCAGGAACAGGAAAAUGUGGCUUUUUUGGAACAAAAAUUAGAGUCUAAACGAGAACCAAAUCCUUCAAAACGUAAUCUAGCUCUACCUAGUCCUGAUCUUAACCAUACCAUUUACAAAAAGGGUAUUGAGUGUCCGAUUUGUUUCUUGUACUAUCCUGAACCAUUAAACUAUUCGAGAUGUUGUCUUCAACCUAUCUGUACGGAAUGUUUUGUUCAAAUUAAAAGGGGAGAUCCGCAUUUUCCCCAUGAAGAAGUGGAUCCUACAAAACCUGUUACUAGUGAUGAUGAGAAAGAUCCCAAUCUUUUAAUCAGUGAGCCUGCAAGUUGUGCGUAUUGCGCAACACCAAACUUCGGUAUUACCUACCAACCGCCUACCAACCGUAAGACCGGUAUUGGUGGCAUGCCACCUGGUUCUUAUAAGGCGCCACGUGAUGAUGAAAUUAAUGUUAAUGAUGGCUCUGACUCAGAAGAAGGUCCACGAACACCUUCAAAAUCACCAGAAGAUCCUGAAGUUGUUACUUCAGAUAUGAUUAGACCUGAUUGGAAGGCCAAAUUAGAUAAAGAAAGACUAAGAUUAGCAAGACGUUCAGCAAAUGCUACCGCUAUUCAUGUGAGUAAUCAAUUGGUUGACCCUGAUCAUCCUUCAAGGAGGGAUUCAAAUACAGAUUCUGGACCGACUCCAACAACUGCACGUUCACAACGUCUCGUUCCAAAUCCAAUGGCUGAACUAGAGAACCAAAUGGUCGAACAAGCCAUUCGGUUAAGUUUAGUUGACGAAGAAGAGAGGAAAAGUUCUCAAAGACAUAGAUGA